CUAAACAUGGGCAGGCAAACAAGUGACACUACCACAAACAAAAGUAAAUUCUGCAAUUCAUAUCCUCACAUAUUUAGUCUAUCCACAACCUCCAUAACUGAUAACUCUCACGACUUACAAGCUUCCAUUAUCCAACUCCUCUCAACAUCCAAAAAUGGCGAUGGCAUCCUCAACACCAAUACUCUCCUUGAAUCCUGUCUCGUUUCAAGCUUCUCACUUAACUCGAGGAUCAUUCUCUCUCUCGCAUUUCACCAAACACUUUAACAACACUUUAAAGCUCACUUCAUGCCACAAUAUUGCGCCUUCUAAGCUUUUACCGGUUCCGUUCCAGAAGAGAAACCUCGUCAUUGAUUCUUCUUCUUCUUCUUCGACUUCUUUCACUGUUGUCGCUGCUAAAGGGUACAAGAUGAAAACCCACAAGGCUUCUGCUAAGAGAUUCAGGGUUACUGGAAAAGGCAAGAUUGUAAGGAGGAGAGCUGGUAAACAGCAUCUUCUUGCUAAAAAGUCCACCAAAAGGAAAAAUCGUCUUUCCAAAGUGGUUCAAGUUGAUAGAAGUGAUUACGACAAUGUGAUUGGAGCGUUGCCAUACCUCAAAGUAAACAGGAAGGUAUAGUUGAAUUCGAAAGCACCGAUUCUCAUCUCCUAUUGAGGACCUGUUUUAUUCAUUUCCCUCUUGUAAUUUUUAAUUAUGUCUAGGAGCAUGCUGUUAUUUAGCAAAGUAUUUGUUUUCAAGAUUUUUGUUUCUCCUCCGUCACUGUUAUUUCAGUGUAUAUUUGUGUAAGUGAAUGUUAAUUCAUGGAGAAAUUUUGUAUAACAACUUCGUACUAUCGAUCUAUAAGAAAGCUCGUCGAGACA